AUGGCUAGCGGUCAAAAUGACUAUAUUCAGAAAGGUAUUCGUAGCGCUGAACAAGCAACAGCAGAAGACAAAGCACACAAUUACGAAGUCGCUGCUGAACACUAUAUGACAGCAGCUGAAUGGUUGAUGCAAGCCGUUAAAUAUGGUGCGAUGAAUGAAGCCAUGAAGCAAAACAUACGAGCAAAAGUGAACAGUUACUUGAAACGAGCAGAGGAAAUCAAGGGACUUGCUAAGAAUGGAGGCAAGAAAAAAGCAGUAGCCGAUGGAGGAAAUUCGAAAGACAAUAAAGAUGAUGACGAUAGCAGUGAUCCAGACCGAAAACGAAUGAUGCAAAAGUUUGAAGGAGCUAUUGUCACCAAUCCUAAUGUUUCAUUCGCCGAUGUCGUUGGUUUAGAACAAGCAAAAGAAGCUCUCAAGGAAGCUGUUAUUCUGCCUGUCAAGUUUCCUCAGCUUUUCCAAGGCAAACGAAAACCAUGGGCUGGUAUUCUUCUCUACGGACCUCCCGGUACUGGAAAGUCUUAUCUUGCUAAAGCCAUUGCAACAGAAUGCAAGAGCACGUUCAUCUCUGUGAGUUCGUCUGAUCUUCUGUCGAAGUGGCUCGGUGAGAGUGAAAAGGGCGUGAAAUGCUUGUUUGAAGUGGCUCGAGAAAGACAACCGUGCAUCGUUUUUAUCGACGAAAUUGAUGCGUUGUGUGGUCAACGAAACGACACUGAAUCUGAAUCGUCUCGUCGAGUGAAGACUGAGUUCCUUGUUCAGAUGCAAGGUGUUGGAACAGAUAAUUCUGGAGUGCUGGUGCUUGCAGCGACGAACAUACCUUGGGCGUUGGACACAGCUAUUCGUCGACGAUUCGAAAAGAGAAUAUAUAUCCCACUACCAGGCGUGAAUGAACGUGCAGCGAUGUUUAAAACUCAUUUGGGAGCGAAUACUUACCAUACAAUUCGAGAAAAUGAAUGGAUGCAACUUGCGCAGAGAUCAGAACAUUAUUCUGGUGCUGAUAUCGGUGUUGUUUGUCGAGAAGCGCUGUUAAGACCCAUUCGUCGACUGGGCUCAGCAACCCAUUUUAAACGAAUUGCUAAUAAUAAGCCUGAUGGUCCUAGACAAUUAUGGCUCGUUUGUUCACCAGGAGAUUCAGAGGCCGUAGAAUUGACUUUAGAUAAAAUUGAGCCGCAAGAGUUAUGCGAACCACCAGUAACCAUCUCGGAUAUGUUAGCUGCUCUUUCAACCCAAAAACCAACUGUCGGCGAGGAUGAUCUGAAAUUACAGAAAAAAUUCACAGAAGAAUUUGGUCAAGAAGGUUCUUAG